CCGGAGCCCAGAAUGGCUUCUUCACGAGCCUCCUCCACGGCAACCAAAACUAAAGCACCUGAUGACCUUGUUGCUCCAGUUGUGAAGAAACCACACAUCUACUAUGGAAGUUUGGAAGAGAAGGAAAGAGAACGCCUUGCCAAGGGAGAGUCUGGGAUUUUGGGAAAAGAAGGACUUAAAGCAGGCAUUGAAGCAGGAAAUAUUAACAUAACUUCUGGAGAAGUGUUUGAAAUUGAAGAACACAUCAGUGAGAGACAGGCAGAAGUGUUGGCUGAGUUUGAGAGAAGGAAGCGAGCUCGACAAAUCAACGUUUCCACAGAUGAUUCAGAAGUCAAGGCAUGCCUCAGAGCCCUGGGGGAACCCAUCACACUUUUUGGAGAGGGCCCUGCUGAAAGAAGAGAAAGGUUAAGAAACAUUCUCUCAGUGGUUGGUACUGAUGCCUUAAAAAAGACAAAAAAAGAUGAUGAGAAAUCUAAGAAGUCCAAAGAAGAGUAUCAGCAAACAUGGUAUCAUGAAGGGCCAAACAGCCUGAAGGUGGCUAGACUAUGGAUUGCUAAUUAUUCACUGCCCAGGGCAAUGAAACGCUUGGAAGAGGCCCGUCUCCAUAAAGAGAUUCCUGAGACAACUAGAACAUCCCAGAUGCAAGAACUGCACAAAUCCCUCAGAUCUUUGAAUAAUUUCUGCAGCCAAAUUGGAGAUGAUCGGCCUAUCUCUUACUGUCACUUUAGUCCUAAUUCCAAAAUGCUGGCCACAGCUUGUUGGAGUGGGCUUUGCAAGCUCUGGUCUGUUCCUGAUUGUAACCUCCUUCACACUCUUCGAGGCCAUAAUACAAAUGUAGGAGCGAUUGUAUUUCAUCCCAAGUCCACUGUCUCCUUGGACCAAAAGGAUGUCAACCUGGCUUCUUGUGCUGCUGAUGGUUCCGUGAAGCUUUGGAGUCUUGACAGUGAUGAACCAGUGGCAGAUAUUGAAGGCCAUACUGUACGUGUGGCCCGUGUAAUGUGGCAUCCAUCAGGACGCUUCUUGGGCACCACCUGCUAUGAUCGCUCAUGGCGCUUAUGGGAUUUGGAGGCUCAAGAGGAGAUCCUGCAUCAGGAGGGCCACAGCAUGGGUGUAUAUGACAUUGCCUUCCAUCAAGAUGGCUCUUUAGCAGGCACUGGGGGACUGGAUGCUUUUGGUCGAGUUUGGGACCUGCGUACAGGACGUUGCAUCAUGUUCCUAGAAGGCCAUCUAAAGGAAAUCUAUGGAAUAAGCUUCUCCCCUAAUGGCUACCACAUUGCAACAGGCAGUGGUGACAACACCUGCAAAGUGUGGGACCUCCGGCAGCGGCGCUGCAUCUAUACGAUCCCUGCCCAUCAGAACUUAGUGACUGGGGUCAAGUUUGAGCCUAUCCAUGGGAACUUCUUGCUCACCGGCGCCUACGACAACACAGCCAAGAUCUGGACCCACCCUGGCUGGUCCCCACUGAAGACCCUGGCAGGCCACGAAGGCAAAGUGAUGGGCCUGGACAUUUCUUCUGAUGGGCAGCUCAUAGCCACGUGCUCAUAUGAUAGGACCUUCAAACUCUGGAUGGCUGAAUAGGCAAGUCCAUGGCAGAAGAACUCACCUCAGGCUGCCCUUUAGGAGCCAUAUUCUUCAAAAGAAAAGAAUUGAUGCAUUUUAUUUGUUCUAUCAUGUUUCCUGCCAAUUAGCAAGUAUAGAUGCUCAGUAGAAUUGAUUUUCCUAUGGACUGGGGAGAUGGCUUAGUAGAGUAAGUGCUUGCCUGGCAAGCACAAGGACCUGAGUUCAAGCCCCGGUUCCACUAAAAAAGAAAUUUCCUGUCAGCUCCCAAGUGGGCAGCCUAGCCCUACAUGAUGGCAAACCCCUUUUGAGGUUGAAAAUUAAAUUCUCAUCUUCAGGCCUUUCAGAGAACUAUAUAGACAUGAUUUUUAUUAAUUACAUUUAAAUGUUCUACCAUCUUCCUCACAGCACUCAAAAUUGUGACUACUAUCCAUUUUUAGUUCUCAAAAACUUGCUUUUCAUGGCGCAUGCCUCAGGACUGCACGUGAGCCAUCCAGCGAGCAAGCUGUCUGGACUGUAUUCUGGAAACCCAGGAAGAGUGUCUUACCACUCACUGGUUGAACAGUGCCUGACCUGACAGUGAGCCCCAUUCAUCAGAAUGAGAAGUGAGGCAGCAGACUGCAGCUAAACUGGUGAUCAUGCAGGAAAGAAGCCUGGACACUUGCUGUAGAAUUUACUUGAAGUGCUGAUUGCAUCAGGAAACUUGGAACCAAGCAUUGGUUAGAAGACGUCUUUCAAGUUUGGCAUUCUUCCUGUUACCCUAAAGCGCAGCCACUGUGUCAGGAUUCAAAGAAAUUUUUGGAAUUGUACAGCUCUGUUGUACAGCUUCCUUUCAGAUGGUUAAAGGAUGUACUUCAUGUAUUAAAGGGUACUUCAUGUCAAAAAUAACAAAAACAUCUCUAGUGGGCAUUCCUACAUAUGAAC